AUGCUGGCUUCGCAUUCUAGGCCGAAGCAGCUGGGGCUCAGCCGCCUAGGCAGUUCGUUAGCCCUGCGCUUUGGCGCUGCUACGGCGCGUCGACCCCGGGGCGCUGCCAUCACAGGGCACGCCUCGGGCAGGCGCCCCCCCUACAGCUCGCCCCUCGGCAUCCGCGGCUGCGCUGCGGCAUGCCCCUGGCCGCAAGGCCUGACGGCGCUCCUGCCGCAGCGGCGAAGGCCGUGGGCCGGCGCCCGCUGCGCCGCAUCGGGCGACGGGGGUGCGAGCGCCGCCUCGGGCGCGCCUGUCAGCACUCUGGGCUCAGCGGUGGGCGCGGCCGACGACACGGGAGAGGACUCUGAACCAGAUGUAGAUGAUCCAGGGGGAGAGGGGCCGCAUUCAACAAGCCAGCAAGCGCCCGCAGCCGAGGCCGGGGCCCGGGCGGCUGCCAGCGGCGUCUUUGACGGCGGCGAUGAUGCCGCGACGGCGGCGCAAGCGGGCACCCUCAUGGCCGCAAUAUAUGAAACGAGCAACGAGGGCGGUAGCGCGACGCCGAUGUCCAGCGUGGAUGGGUCGGACCCUGCAGACACGGUGUGCGCGCAGGCAGCAGCGGAAGCCAUAGCAGCCGCCGCCGCCGCCGACGUGUCGCGGGCGACGGAGGCGCCGAACGCUGCUGAUGGUGAGGCGGCAGGAAUUGGUGGCGAAGCGGCGGCGGACACGGCGGCGGCAAAGGCAGCAGAGGGGGACGCGAUGGCCCGAAGCGGCCGAGGCGGCGAGCCGCCAGGGGCGUCUGAACCAUCAGCACCGGCAGCCACGGCAACCGAGGCGCCUAGAAGCGGCAGCGGUGACAGCAGCGGCAGCGGUGACAGCAGCGGCAGCGGUGACAGCAGCAGCAGCAGCAGCGGCGGCGACGGCGUCGGCGAAGCGGGCGCUUAUGGGAGGCUCCUGCAGGGCGGCGAGGAGUUCGGCGGGGGAGACGCGGUCGCGGCGGCCCCAGGUGGCAGCGGCGCGGCGCCGUCGGGCGGCAGCGGCGCGGCGCCGUCGGGCGGCAGCGCCGCCGCCCAGAAGACGUGGCACAUGGGCGCCGUGCCGCCUCAUUGGUGGGAGGACGUGCAGAAGGCGGCGGUCAAGUGGGGGCUGGUGGGCGCGGUCGCCCUGUUCGUGCUGCCGGCGGCGCUGAGCGUGGGGCGGCCAAAGCGCGGCGCUUCUGCGUACAGCGGGUGGAACUAUACACUGACGAGCACCUCGGCCGAGGCCGCGCGCGAGGCGGCGCUCUGGAGCGCCGGCGGCGGCGGCGCGGCGGGGCAGGACGGGAUCCUGGAGGGGUUCCAGGACUGGCUGAUCGGCAGGUGGGGGGUUGUGGUUGUGUAG